AUGGCGCUCCUUCCCGCGGUCUUCGGCGCCGCGAGCGCAGCGAGAUGUCGCACGGCACGCGCGACGCUGUCCCCGACAUGGAGGAUGUUGUCAACGAGCACGUCGCGUGCGCGCCCGACCUUCCCAGCAACCGCGACCGCCCUCGGCCUCAAGGCCUCGUUCGCUGCGCCCCCAAGGGAAGGCUUCUUCGCCCAGUCGUACCUCCCCUACGGACGCUCGUUUUCGUUCUUCACUCCGUCUCGUUAUGCCUCGACCUCUGCCCCGUCCUCCGCUGCUGCCACCUCCACUUCCAGUGCUGAAGUACCCACGCCCGAAGAUGACCGCGUCAUUCCCCGCUUCAUGCCGACUUGGCUGCUCGGCUGCUCGGCUCUCGUCUUCGCUAUCAUUGUCAUUGGCGGUCUUACACGUCUUACGGAAUCUGGCCUUUCGAUUACGGAGUGGAACCCUAUCACUGGUAUCCGGCCGCCUAUUACCGAGGAGGAGUGGGACGUCGAGUGGGAGAAGUACCGCGUGUCUCCCGAGGGUAUUCUCAUGAACUCUGACAUCUCCCGCUCCGACUUCAAGUUCAUCUUCUACAUGGAGUGGGCGCACCGGAUCGCCGGUCGUGCUCUUGGUGUCCUCUUCAUCGUCCCCGCUGCCUACUACUGCACUCGUUACAAGCUCCCCCGUGGCCUUCCCGCGACCCUCCUUGCCAUCGGCGCAGGUAUCGGCGUGCAGGGCCUCAUCGGAUGGCUGAUGGUCGCCUCGGGUCUCCGUGAGGAGAUUGUCACCAACAACGAGGUCGCCCGUGUCUCGCAGUACCGUCUCGCAGCGCACUUCGGUGCCGCUGUCCUCCUCUACAUGGGCAUGUUCUACACGGCUCUUGGCCUGCGCCGCGACCAGUCGCUGGCGAAGCAGAUCAGGUCCGGUCCCGCUGGUGCUGCGGCGGUCGAGAAGCUCGCUGCGGCUCUCAACUCACCAGCUGUCAGGAGCUUCCGCGGUUUCACUGGUAUCCUGGCGGCGAUGGUCUUCGUCACCGCCAUCUCGGGGGCAUUCGUUGCUGGUCUUGACGCUGGCCUUAUUUACAAUGAGUUCCCUUACAUGGGCGAGGGCUUCCACCCGCCUAAGGAGGAGCUCCUCGACCCCCGCUACUCGAAGGACCCCGAGCGCAAGGACAUCUUGUGGCGCAACAUGUUCGAGAACCCCGUCACUGCGCAGUUUGACCACCGUGUCCUCGCCGUCACCACUGCCACGCUACUAAUCGUGCAGCACAUUAUCGCGCGCCGCCCCUCCCUCCGCCUCGGCGCGAAUGCACUGCCGCGCGCCGCGCAGCGCUGGAGCGCCUGGACCGCUGCGGCGGCUCUGGGCCAGGUCUCGCUCGGCAUCAGCGCGCUCAUCUACCUCGUGCCGCUCCCCCUGGCCGCCGCGCACCAGGCAGGCGCCGUUGUCGUGCUCACCUGCAUCAUGGGUCUGUCGGCCGCCAUGCGCCGCCCCGGGCGCGCGCUGCAGGCAUUGCGCCAGGCCGCAAAGGCCAAGACCCAGCCUAAGGCAUAG